AAUCAGAGCAAGGGGAGCCACAGCCACUGGCGCCGACAACGGCUAAUUAUAAACAUAAUUCGCAAAUAUUGUCAAAGCAUAGGGCUGAGUCAGCCAUGUUGUCAACAACAAAUGUGAAUGGUUUCAGACUGCCGGAAGUGCCAAUUGAUGAGCAACGAUUUCCGCUGCAGAGGGCGCUGCAGUGCAGCGCUUCAAGUCUUCAGCCGCAACAUGGCCAACAACAAUGGCGACCUCAAGCAAAAAUCAAAAUGGCUGCGCCUGGAAAGUUUCCGCUGUUGCAUGCAGAGCCAAGUGUGCCGCGAGCAACAGCCACUUUUCCAGUACAGCAGCAACAUGUAGCAAAUGACUACACCAGCAAUAUUCCAAUCACAGCAAGAACAUUAAAGUUUCCCGAGCAAAUGAUUCACUUGGCUUUGCCACAAAGAUUUCCGCUGCUUUGCCAAUUACCCAAGAGGAAUUUCAACUAUUCAACUCAAUCAAUAAGCAUGUGGGGGAGCAGACCCACCGUGGCGACAACAAAAUAUGCGCUAAACGUAUUUCCCACAAUUAAAAAACAAUUUAUCAGCUUUCCCGAUAAUCAGCAGAAAUGUAAGAAACAUCGAAAUGCCAAUGCCAGUGCUGUGCAUGGAAAUGGUCAUAGCAACGAGGCAACGCCAACAACAACGACGGAUGUGGUGCCCACACCAACAACAACGACAACAGUGACGCAGACGAGCUACAAUAUGAGCACCAAAAUAGACAUGGACUCGCAGCGGACAGUUGAUGCUGACAAUGACAAUGAUGAUGAUGAUGAUCUUAAUGAUCAUCGUAAUGAUGAUAAUGUUGAUGAUGUACAUAAGGCGGCAUUUGAUAAUGAACUUAACGCUCACGAGCAAACAUUAAACUUGAACGUCGAUGCUGAAGGCGUUGGCGAGCGAAAGGAAAUCGAGCAUCAACAGGCGGAAAAUUUUAAUGACGCCUUUGGGUGGCGACACGACAACAACAACAAUAACAACAACAAUAAGAACAGCAACAACGAACGCAACGUCGACGACGACGCCAUGAAUGCUGGUAAUGCCAAAAAUAAACGCGAAAUAUGCGAGCAAAGCAAAUUAGAGACGGCAGCAGCUCAUAAUGAGCUAAAUAUGACUAAAGAGCGGCAGUCAAUAUGCUUGGCCAGCAGAGCAGAGCAGAGUCAAACAAUAGCUGAGGAGCUAACACUCGCAGCCACAGCUGUAGCCGCAGCCGCAGCCGCCGCCUCCACUCAACAACAGCAGCGCCAUUCAGACGCGCGCGAAUCGUCGUCAGAGCAAGUGGAUGGUCAGCAACGGCAACAAUCAGACGUAAUCGAAGCCACACCAAUCGGGGCUGCCAGUUUAGAAUUGUUAAAGAGUACGGUGCGCGCGUUGCUAGACGAGAGCGUCAGCGCUAUCCCAGUGCCGGAGUGGGAUCUCGAUUUGAUAGAUCUAUUGUUGGAGCUGGUGCAGCUGAUUGCCACGGGUAACCUUUGGAGCGAGCCGGUGGUUGAGCAGGUGGCGGUCGUUGAAUGUGCGGACAUGACUGUGACGAAAGUGGGUGACGAUAGUGAAGCAACAGCCGUCGUUGUUGAUAUUUAUAGCGACCCAAUUGAGCAGCCAGUGGAGCUGGAUGAUAACAACAAUAACAACAGCAGCAGCAGCAGCAACGAUAACAGCGGCAACCAAAGCAGCGACAUGAAGUAUGAACUACUCAAGAGCAGCACUCGCUUGCCAGAAGCUGCAACGAGUCGUGUAUCCAGCAUACCAACAAUAGCAGCAGCAACAUCCCUACCAACUGUUGCUGCCGUCACAAGUCACAUACGUGAUGCGCCUCUUCCAAUAGCCUCUACAUCGCGCCCGCUGCUGGGCGAGCUAAAACGCAGUUCCUCGAGUCGAGAUGAUGUAUCGAUUGAUGUGGAAUCCCUACUGCCGGAACGAACACGUCUGCGACGUCAGCGACGCAUGCGAUCGCAGGAAUCGGUUGAGGAGAAGCCGGAAGAUGUCAUUGAGCGGCUGAACAAACUUAAGGCGCGCAUUACGGGUGCGCUAAGCGAAGUGAAGGGUGUGCUGAAGCAGUACAGUACAGAGAGUGAGGCCGAAGCAGCAGGCGUUCAGUGGACCGGACCACCAACCGCUGCGGCGACCGUGCCGGCGACUGAGAUGGAAGCAGUGCAGCCUGUGCAAUUUCGUUUUGUAAAGAAAGUGAGAAGGCGCAGCUACUUUGAUGAAGCUGACGAGGAUAAGGACAAGAAUGAGGAGAAGCAGCAGGUGCAGGAACAGAAGCCUAACGAGGAUGGGACAAGUCAUAGAGCUACUAACAAAGUUGAUGAACUGCGUUCGCAUGCUGAAGAUGAAGCUGCUUUAAUAAAAGUCCGGGAAAUCAAAGAAAAUGAUGAGCCGAAGCAAUCAACACAAAUCUCCGAAAACAAAGCCAAGAAGCAGGCAGCAGAAUUCAAUCAGGAGAUAAAAGCUACUGCGGACAUAAACCAAAAUAAGUUUGAGCAAGAGAAACCAACUGAAGUUUCUCAAGUCAAGGUCAAUGAGGAACAUCACAAUAAAACAAACCAAUCCAAGGAGGAACAAACUAAGCCAAAAGAAUCAACUGAAGAUAGUAAAGCUAAUGAGAAGCAGCAACAAGUAGCUAGCCAAUCCAAAGAGGAUAAGGAAAAGUCAGCUGAAAGAGCUAAAGCACAAGCAAAACUUGAAUUUCUGGCAAAGGUGCAAAGCGAACUUAAGUCGAAGCCAAAGCCAAAAGAGACAACAGUCAUCAAAGAGGCAAGCAACUCAGCUGGAGCAGGCAAGGCACACUUGAAAGAUGAGCCCAAUACAAUUACGGAAGCAACUUCUGUCAAAGAGCAACCCACAGCAGUCAAAGAGACGCUUAAGAAGACAGACACAACAGCAGCAGCAGUCGAAGUCGAAGCAGCCAAGGACAAUUGCAAAGUAGCAAACACAGCAGCAACAUUAACUGCAAAGGAGCAGCAGCAGCCCGUGGAGGGUGUGGAGGCCACAUCACAGACAGCAGCCGCGCUGCCAGAUGAGUCAGCCACGCAGCCAGCAACCGGGGGCGAUGCAAUGCCCAAGAAGGCGGUAAGCAAAAAGAAAACUCUUGUCAAGGUGCGAAAUCCACGACGCGCAUCCAUUGCUGCCGUGGAGCCAUCCAAGAUUAAGGCUGAGUCUGUGCAGAGCGAUGCGCUGAUACAAAGGCGACCCUCCGACUCGGAAGCGAUUGUCAAGCGCAAGAAGAAACAGAAAUUAACGCUAAACGCUUCCGGCAGCGAUGAGAGGGCGGCGGCAUCACUGCCACAGGCGACAACAAUAAAUGAACACGUUGUAACCGCAAAGGUCAACAGCAAUGCAGACACUGCCAAAAGCGUAACAAAAGCAACUGCCAAAAGCGCCGAUACGAAACCAGAGGCGGCGGCUACAGCGGCAACAUCAGCCGCAAACGCAGCGACAACAUCAACUGCAACAGCAGCAGCAGCAACGUCGCAGACGGCGCCAAAACAAUUGCCGAUCGAUGGUUUGGCCAAUCAAGCAGCAGCCAGCGAGCAGAGCAGACGCGCCAGCCUGAAACUAGCCGAUUUGGUGGGUGAAACGGUGCUGGUACUACCAGCAGCAACAACAGCAGCAGCAACAACAACAGCAGCAACUGCAACAGCCUUAACGCCUGUGUCCAGUGCAGUCAGCGGCUCAUUAGGCCAGUUUAAAGAACCCAUUAAUCAGACAUUAAUUAGCCCGGCAAGUGCAGUAGCAACGCCUCAACAGGUGGUCGACGCCGUUGACAUUGAAGUCGCCCCCGUUGAUGCCGCGACGCCACAAAUAGCAGCGACAUUGAGCGAAGUGUCGCACGAAGAGUCAUCGCCACAGCAACAACAACAACAACAACAACAACAGCAGCAGCAAGAGCAAUCAGAACAACAACAGGCAACCGUUGCUGCUACAAAAGACAACGCACAGGCGCAAUUGAACAACAGUCUAGAGACCAUGCCGGAGCUGAAAGUACUUGCCGGACCCGUGCAGCCCGUUAAGAUCGAAACGGUUGAACAGCCGCACGAUGAGUCCGAUUUGGUUGUAUCGGCCAAGAAGAAGACAACGCAUCUGAAGAAACUGGUGCGAAAAAGCUCCAUAGACAAGGGCAAAGAGAAGGUGAACGAGUCGUCCGCCAAGCUCAACAACAUAUUGAAGGAUAAGAAUAAGAUCGGCGAUCUAGCGGAUCGCAUCAAUAAGCAAACGCCGCCCAAGAAGUCGACAAAGGCAGCCAAGGAGCCGGAAACCAAGACACAGCAGCAGCAGCAGGAGCAUGUUAAGGAAAUAGAAACAACAAUUGCAGCCGCAGCGGAAACGGAAACGGAUUUGGUAGAGGAGUUGCAAGUCGAAGUGGAGCCAGCGCCUGUAGCCAAAAAGCCGCGACAGAUCAAGAAAAAGGUGAUCAUAAAGCGACAGAAGCGACGCCUCUCCAUUGGCGACACCUUCUUCAUACAGCAGGAGCCGGAGGAGCCGAAGGUGCCUGAAAUUGAGACAAUCGAGAAGGCGAUUGCCUAUGUGACAGACGAUGAAGCAGACGCCGAACCGGAACCAGAGCCAGAGCCAGCGAAACUCAAAUCCUGCCUGCAUGUGCGUGAAUAUAAGAUUGGGGAUCUGGUGCUCUACGCGGAGCGAUACCGCAAGACCCAAGUGCGCUGGAAACGCGGACGAGUCCUAGAGCGCAUCACCAGCAUUUCGUAUAAGCUCGAGAUCGAGGGCAAGGAAGUGCCAGCACACAUCAGCUAUAUCAAGAAGUACACAGGACGCAAGGUGAAAUUUGUGGGCAAGGAGUAUCUGGAGAUCGACUACGAGCAGGUGGUCGAGGAGGAGCGACGCGCGCGCAGCUACAGCAUAUGGAAUAUGGUCUAAAACGUAUCGAAGUGCAACAAGCAACUAUGUAAGUGUUACCCAAAUGUGAUCGUCGCCCUUGGCAGCAGCUUCCUUCCAUUAAGAAAUUCGCGUGAAUUUUUUAAAGGAUCUCAAGUACGACAUUCAGUUAUGUUAUAGUCUUUCGUCACUCUCUCUCUAGUUUAAAUCUAUGUAUAUAUGAUGAUAUGAUGUACGAUGUACGAUGUGUAGUAGCUUAGCUAUCCUAGUGUUAGUUCUAACUAUUUUUCUAUGUAUACGUAAAUUAUUCCAAGAUAACGAAUUUGUUAUAAAAUUUCACGUUGCCUUUUCGUUUUACAAGUUUAGUUUACAUUUUAAGCAAAACACCAAAAAAUUGUAUGUUUAAUAAAGAGAAACAA